GGUGCCUGCUAGUGACACGGACAGCCGCCGCCGAGCAGUCUUUGGCUAACAAGCAGAAUGUCAAGUUUUCCAAGAUAUUCGAGCUAAACUGUCCUGUGACUGGCCCAGGCACUGAUAAUGCCAAGCAGGUGGGAUCGAGUGAGAUGGCCAAGCACCUCCUGCACCUGGCUGAACAAGUUGCCUCGACAGGGGAGAACCUAAACAUUGCUGAGUGUCUGGAGGUGGAGAAGGGCAGUGCUGGCAAUGUCCGGUCUAUGCCCAUAAGGAAUAGAAACUUCCAGAUUAUUGGUGUUGCCAAGAUCAUCAACAAACUGAAUGGGCAGCCCUUCGAUGAGAAUGAUGAGCAGCUUUUUGAGGCCUUCACCAUCUUCUGUGGCUUAGGCAUCAACAACACACUCAUGUACAAUGAACUGGAGAAAGCCAUGGCCAGGCAGAAGGUGGCCAUUGAGGUGUUGUCAUAUCAUGCCACAGCUUCUGGUGAUGAGGUGGUUUGUCUUCAGCGUGAGGUCAUUCCAGACGCCAGCAAGUGGAAUCUCGGCUCCUUGACCUUCGAUGACUUCUCGCUGACUCAGGACCAGAUGGUACUUGCUGCCGUCAGGAUGUUCACUGACCUCAGACUGACCUCCAAGUUUAAAAUUGAGUACAAGACUCUGCUGCGCUGUCUCAUCACUGUCAAGAGGAACUAUCGGAACGUCACCUACCACAACUGGAGACAUGCCUUCAAUGUCGCCCACAACAUGUUUGCCAUCAUGAAGGGACACAACAUCUUCAGCAACUUGCCUUCAGAGCAGUACUCAAGAGUUAUGAACAUCCUCAAAGCUUCUAUCCUGGCUACCGACCUCACCGUGUAUCUCCAGGUUCGGACACAGUUCUUUUCCCUCGUGGCAGACAACCAGUUUGACUUUAGCAACAGGAGUCACAGGAACCUCCUUCGCUCUCUGCUCAUGACUGCGUGUGAUAUUGCUGCCUCUACUAAACCUUGGGAUAUACAGUUCAAGGUGGCUAAGCUGGUGACCUCCGAGUUCUUUGAUCAGGGUGACCUGGAGAAGACCAAACUCAAGAUUACCCCACCAGCUCUAAUGGACCGAGACAGGAAGCAUGAACUGUCUCUUCUGCAAAUGUGCUGGAUCAAGGACAUCUGCUUGCCACUCUUUGAGGGUUUGGCCAAGGUGAUCCCGAAGCUGGCACCAAUGCGGGAUGGGGCACUGAAGAACAUGGCCAAGUGGUCCAAAAUUGCAGCAGCACAGGAGAAUGGUGCCUGUGACCUGCUGGAGCCCCCGGAGCCACAGCCAAGGGUUCCUGAUGGAUAGUCCACGUUGAGCUGCUGGAAGAACCAAGUCUGUUGUCUCCUGUAAGGCCACAGUGACUCAGCCAAGCAGUGAAGGCCAGCAAGAGUGCAGAGUGUUGGAUAUGGAUGACAGUCAGUGCAGCCAGCAGGACAAUGCACACUUGUUUGAUAUAAUGGUUGUGAUAGCCUGUAAGUCUUACCAAGAGAUUAUCUGAACUAUAGCUAAGUGAGAGUAUUGUGAAGGUACUGGAAUACUAAUUAGUGUGGGCUUUAGCUACACAGUAUCAUGAAUACAACUCACCCUAGCUAAGAUUAAUGACUGGUUGUGAAAGACUGUCAGCGUGAAGAGGAAAGCCAUGACGUCAUCAGACUGUUCAUUCCGACACCGUUGCCCACACUGCCCCGGCUCUGUCCUACCUUCCCUGUGGCCUCAACAGGGCGACUACAGGCUUGGUUCCUCCCCGACAUCUGACCUGUGUUAGAAGUUGGUACUGCAGCUCAACUCAGUGUUAGCUUAAUAACCAGUGUUGUUGUAAUACCCCAUGUUGACACCCCAGCCCAUCAUAUCAGUUGGUAAUGUUGACUGUUUGUGUACACAUUGUUGAUGAUUUGCACAAUUUCUUUUCUUUGUGUGAUUAGUCUCUGUUUUCAGGAAUAUUAAAGAUCAGUCCCAAUGAAAUUCAGUCAAGAAAUAAUGAUAGAGUGCUCUUAUGCCAAAAUUUAUGGAAAUUCUAGUUGAUAUAAAUUUUCUGUUCUGAACACAGCUGAUAAGAUUAAGUUUUAAAGUGUAUGUAUUUGUUACCUGGAAAAGAUUAGGCAGUUAAUGACAAAAAUUCAGUGUCGAAAAGCAAGUAGCUUAGAAAGAAAACACUUAUCUAAGUCACUAUUAACAUGAGAUUAAAAAUUUCUUAAGUUUGCUUGUGACAACUCGUCAUGAUCAACAUUGAAGCAUAAACUCAAGAUUCAAGGCUCUUAUUUCUUUGGAUUAGUGCAAACAUAACCAUUAACAGAUUUAUGUUUGUUUUAGUCAUCCCCUCAUCUCAAUUAUGGCUUAUGACUGCUGCCUUCUGGUGUGACUUGGUGUGCUGUACAAGCUGUACAAGUCUGGUGAAGUUCGCCGCUGUUACUUUGUGUGUUUCCCCGUGACUCUUUGGCUGCAGUGAGUGGAUGCCUUGUGCCACCAAGACUGCAUGGCGGCCACUCUGACGCUGCAGAUGAUAAAGAAGGAUAAAGAUA